UUGUCAAACCUAGCAACAACAUUGCUGUAUAUAUAAAACUCGUAAGGGUCAAAUAAAAUCUAAGCAAGGAAUUUCCAUGGCCAACAAUGGAGUCAGGAAGACUAGCGCGGAUGUCCCAAUCCUCCCUAAGAUCCCUCGCAGACCUCCCAGACAGACAGACUUUGGUUUCGAAACCAUUGUUAAUCAAAAACUCGCUUCUGAACCGAAGAGAAAACAAGUGCAGAAGGAGACCGUUGGUUCAUUGACACUCAUUCAAUCAAUCUCUUUUGCAGUUGUCUGGUUAUGGACGACGAUCACUGGAGUUCUUAAGGUUCGAAUUCAAGGCGGGGAUUCCCCUAAGAGCGUCGUUAAGGUCAAAAUCUCUUCCAGAAGGAAUAGAAAAAUUAGGCAGAAAAGAAGCACGGAAUAUGUUGUAUUACGUUGAUUUUUCAAUGCAAUAAUUUUGAGGUAAAAUAUUCCAUAACAA